AUGCUCCGUCCACGUGCACUCACUUCUGCUUUACGAAAAAUGAACACCGGUGGAAUGCAGUCGGUUAUGCUUUUUAGUCCUGAAGGUGUACUUCUUGCUUAUACAAGUCUUGCUGGCGACAGUGAACGAUCUAAAGCGGCAAUUGCAGCAAAUGUUUGGAAUAUAUAUCAACGUCAACUGGAAUCCAGCGAAUCGGAUACCGUACAAGAAAUAAUUUUAGAAUUGUCUGAAGGUAGACUAAUCAUUACACGUGUAGCUUCUGUUCUUCUUUGUCUUCAUGCUUCAAAGGAUGUUGGUUUGGGAAUGUUACGAGCUAAAAUGAACGCGUUAGUACAGAACCUACAAGAGCCCCUAAGUAUUAUUGCAGCUUCCUGA